UUGACUUCUUAAUUUAUUUAACCAUCAGACCAUCUCGACUUUCGAGUCGAAACUACUCGAAAGUCUCGGCCGACGUCCUGUUGUUCAUGUACAAAACAAAUUAGAAUUUAUUGUGAUGGACAAACCGCCGACCGAAGAGAAGACUAGGGAAGAGGUGGAGGCCGAGCGAAAAGCCAAGCGAGCGGCGAAACAGGAACGGAAAAAAGCAGCGUUGGAAAAACAGAAACCCGAGGGACUAGAAAUUCAAAAAAAGUCUAAAGAUCCGUCCACAGAAUCACCUAUUGCCGUUGAUCUCGUGAAAGUGCCAAAGCCAAAACCAGAUGUUCCCAAGGCAGCAGCACCCAAGAAAUCGUCAAUUCAAAAAAUUGAAACAACUAAAAAAGUUAUUAAAAGUAAUAAAAACAAGGAAAAUAUCAUUGUUAAAAAGGCCGAAGAAGUAAAACCUACAGCAAAAAAGGUGAAUUUAGUAAAUUUAGUGAAGAAAUCUGCGGGGCCAGUUACACACAAAGUUAAACUUUUCAAUCAUCUUUAUAUUGACUCGAUAUCUUUGGUGACAGAAAAUAAAUUAAAAAUAAAUUCUGGGAAAGUACAUCCAUCUUUUAUAAAACUUGGAGUACAAAUGCAAACUUCUGUUGUAGCAGGAUCAAAUGCUAGAUGUCUCGCUUUCUUAUAUGCACUCAAACAAACCAUUUCAGAUUUUGUGACUCCAGAACACAAACAUUUUUCUCGGUCUUUUGAGGAACACCUUAGACCAGCUAUUGACCACUUGAUGGCAUGUAGACCGUUUUCAGUAUCCAUGAAUAACGCACACAAAAAUAUCAUGUCUCAUGUAAAGAGAUUACCACAUAAUAUUUCUGAUUGUCAUGCUAAAGAAGCAUUAGAAACUGUAAUAAAUAAUUAUAUUUAUGUUCAAAUACAUAUGGCUGGUAUGGCGAUAUGUAUUGCGGCCCAAAAUAAGAUUGGAAAAGGAGAUGUUAUACUUACUUAUGGAUAUUCUUCUUUAAUUGAACGGAUUCUAACAGACGCCCACUCUAAUAACAAACAAUUCAGUGUGAUUGUGGUUGAUUCGGCACCAUGGUACGAAGGUCGUCAACUUCUCCAUCGUCUUGUGCGUAACAACAUCCAGUGCACUUAUGUACUCCUCUCUGCUACCAGUUUUAUCAUGACUAGAGCAACAAAAGUGCUACUUGGCGCACAUGCGCUGUUGGCCAACGGUUAUGUUAUGGGUCGAGCGGGCAGUUCUCAGAUAGCUUUGGUAGCUAAACAUUUCAAUGUGCCUGUAUUGGUGUGUUGUGAAACAUACAAAUUUACAGAACGCGUGCAAACCGACUCAAUAGUUUUCAAUGAACUAGGUAAUGAAAACGACGUCAUGCCUAGAGAACAAUGGUUGAACAAUCGUUAUUUAACUCCGUUAGGUCUUAGGUACGAUGUGACUACUUCUGAUCUGAUAACAGCCGUGGUGACAGAAAUUGCUAUAUUACCAUGUACCAGUGUUCCAGUUGUAUUGAGGGUGCGUACAAACUAAUGCAGGAUGAGUAACAAUUAACAUAAGUCUGAUGUCCAUCAUGAACAGCAGCAAAAAUAAAUAAAAAUAUAUUUUUUUUUUCAAUUUUAUAUUGAUUUUUAAUAAGAUAAUAUAAUUUGUUUUCUGUUGUACAA